AUGGUUGACUUCUUGGACUUGCCGGUCGAGAUACUCCCGUUGAUUCUGGCAUAUUUGCCUAAACCACAACAUUUGGCGAAUGCCUCGUUGGUGAAUAGCACGUUCAAGUCGUUUGCGAUACCGAGGUUGUAUAGCCGGGUGUCGAUCUAUUCGUGGCAUAAAGGAGGGAAGGUCAAGGUCUUGAAUCUGUUCACGACACUGGCGACCUAUCCACACCUCGCGAAACACGUCCGCCGUCUAGAAAUCCGCGACUUCCCAAAGGCUAUCAUAUCUUCCGAAGAAGACAUCCUAAACCUUGUCGUCAAGGGUCUCCAGAACUGCUCCAACCUCCAUGCCUGUACUUGGACGCGAGACGGGACGUUGAGUUCGGAUAUCCUCGGCGCACUAUGCUGCUCGUCCAGUCUCCAAGAGAUCGAGUUGAAUGGACAUAGCCAAGGACAAUACGAUCCCCAGAUUUUGUCUCGCUUCAGGAAUCUCACGAAGAUAUCCUUGAUCAUGCCCAGUGGCGCCGUCAUCUCGCAGUUGACUUCGAUGCUACGCUGUUCUGGAGAAAAGCUGAAGCAUUUGACUGUGAUUUGCAAGACAUCACCCGUGGUGAACGAUAGCGUAUUGGAAACACUCGCUCCGCUGCUCGUCAAUCUAGAGCAAUUGUACUUGACUGGAUGCCCUAAAGUAACGGAGCGGGGUAUCAUCUCCAUCCUGAACGCGAACAAAGCAGGUCUAACAGCUCUCGGACUGGAGGGUGUAUCUCCCAAAUUCAACAUGACAGCCUUCGCAGAACACUGUAUCCACUCCCGGGCACUCACAAACCUCCAAUCCAUAACGCUCACAGUCUCCCACUUUAUCGAUCCGCAGCAAUGGACCCAGGCAGUCCUAACCCUCCUCUCCGCCUCCUCCGACCUUACGAAAUUCCAGAUCUACGCGACAUCUUCUACUGCACCGCGGUAUCCCACCGCAGAGACGCUCUCCUCGCAUAUGGAUUCGACGACGAGUUUGGUGGGGGCGAUCCCCCGGUUUCUGUCGAACUUGGUUGGGGUGCAUGGAGAGAAGUUGGAGAGAUUCUCGAUUCAUCGCAUUCCGUUGGGUAUACCCUCUAUACGGGAGUUGUGCAUUCGCGCCCCGAAUCUGAGGGAACUAUUCGUCGUAGUGGAACCUCGGUUUUUAAAUGCCUUACCAGAAGCCCUUGAGCACGCAAAGAAAUUGCGAACAGUUCAUGUCAACUACCCCCUUGAAAUAGGCGCCCAAGAGAAUGACGAAGACGAGGAAGAUGGAAUCCAAGGCGAGGACCCUCGUCCCCUCUUGACACCUACCCAAACACUGGACCUUGUCCGCCGUUGUGGACCCUCGCUCGUUCAAUUUGGGUGUAACACUAGAGUUUGGCAGGUUGGACGCACGAUUGAAACUCGCGCAGACGGCGAGAAGGUCGCGGAGAUGUGCCUUCUUCCGUACGAAGGCCAGGAUAUUCCAGAGCAGUUUUUGGUUGUUCGAACGUGA